AUGCGGGGAACAAGAGAUGAAAAGAAUUCAAAAGAAAAGUCAAAGAACAGUCGUCUAAUUAUUCUGUUUUACUUUUUAGUUGAGUUUGCGAUAUUAUUAUUGUACGGAGUAGUUGAAUUGAGAUGGGCAGGAAAUAUUCUGCAAGGAAAUCAUGUUCACCAGCAUCAGGCAAGUAUCAAUCUCAUGGGAAUGGAGGCUGAACUAUAUGAAGCAGCAUCAUCCGGUUCAUUUGAAGAGGUCAGUCGUAUAUCGAAUUGGAGAGAACAAGAAACGGCUACUGGAAACAAUAUUCUCCAUGUUCAUGUGGGGAAACCGCUCCACAACAAGGAAGAGUAUAAGAGAAAAGGGUUAGUUCUCACUGAGUUUAUCGAAAAGUUAUUGAAGGACGAAGAAGGGAGUAUAGCAGGAUACAAAUUGAUGUGGAAGUUGAACAUCAAUGGGGAUACGCCACUGCAUCUGGCUGCAAGGUUCGGGCAUGACAAGGCAGUCCAAGCAUUCCUUGAACGAGCUAAAGAGGUGAAUCAAGAGGAGGUGUCCAGCAUGCUGAACAAGAAAAAGGAUACCGCUUUGCAUGAGGCAGCUCGUGCUGGUCAUGCUGCUGCGGUGGAACUGCUACUGAAGGCGAAUUCCAAUUGCCCGCAUGAGCCAAAUGAAGACGGUGAGACUCCCCUAUAUCUGGCUGCCGAGAGGGGAUGUACUUCUUCAGUGAUUAUUAUACUAGACAUUUGCAAUCCCUCAGCUUUGUCUUAUCAGCAGAAGGGUCCUUGUGGUCGAACUGCUCUUCACGCAGCUGUACAAUGGGGAAAGCCAGAAAUGGUGAUGAGGAUAUUGGAGAAAGAUAGGUCGCUAAUCAGAAUUCAGACAGAUGAAGGACUAACUCCACUCCACUGCGCUGCUGCGGAGAUCCACAAAUUGGAGCUUAUGGAGAUACUUCUACAAUAUGACAACAUUGAUAAGGGAUCAUCAGCAGUGUAUAUUAGAGACAACAUGGGCCGAACUGCACUUGACAUUGCAAUGCUCCGGUGGAAUUGGAACGUUAUAAAGAAGCUCAUAGCGUCCUGUCCAGACAGCAUAGAAAUGGUGGAUAAUUCAGGACAGAAUGUGGUACACUAUGUUGCCAAAUGGACUUGUCUUGCUAAGAUGGUCCGGGUUCUGAGUAUUGGAAAUCUUGACAAGCUUAUUAACGACAAGGAUGUGGAUGGUAAUACGCCUCUCCAUCUUCUUGCUGCCUAUAAUCUCCAUGUUCCUCACAAAGGUUUGCAUUUUUGUCUGAGCCACCUACCGCGUUUCAUCAAGGAUUACCCACACGUGGACCUCAAGGCAUAUAAUAAACAAAACCUUACCGUUGGAGAUAUCAUGGUUACGUAUGACAACUUGCUACGUCAGGAACGUAUUUUAGUAGGACGCAGAUGUAAGGCAACUCCAAGGGGAAGGCGAAUGAACACAUAUGAAAGCGAUAUUGAUGUUGAGAAAGAAACUUAUUGCAACAGUAUCUUUCACUGCUGGUUUUACCUUACCUGGUGGUUUCGAUCAAAAUGCAGGUAAAAGUAUGGGAAUGGCAGUGCUAAAGAGUAAGAGUUUGUUCAAAGUGUUCUUGGUUUCAGACGCGAUAGCCUUUAUAUCCUCCACAAUUGCAAUACUCAACUACUUUGUGCUAGUAACUCAGGAUGCCAUUGCCAAUGGGACUACUCAAAAUCUCUCAUUUUGGGGCCUUAUCACGAGCACGAUUUCAUUGGGUGCAUUAAUGAUAGCAUUCCUCGCAGGUGUGUUUGUCGUAUUACCUAAAUCAAUCACCCUCGUCGUUGUGAUCUCUGCCUUGUCUGUGAUUUUCUUUUUGACAUAUUGCCGCCUAAUUCUUCGAACUAUACGAACUGCAAAGCAUUACUACCGAAGAUUUGAUGCUCGGAAUCAUCGUGUCCUCCAAUAAUAUGAAAACAAACUUCCUCCGAGAACUGAAAGGGGGGCUGCAAGAUCCAAGAAAAGCGUGAGUCAUGUUGCCUGUUGGGGUUGUAUUUUGAAAUCAGUAAAGCUAAGCACUAGGCAGUGUUUCAGAUGUAUUUCCAUUAGUCUGUUAGCCUCUCAACUGUGUAAAGGUAACUAUUCAUUUGUUGGAAGGGAGUGAGAAAUGUAGGAACUGUUCUCUUGUAGAAGAAACUAUUCCCUCCAUCUGAAAUUACUAAUCUUGUAUGCAUACAUAUUCUGCAGAACGUAGUAAGCCAGUAAGGAAAAGUGCAGUGACAUUGAACGGAAAGGCAUUGUUUGGCAAUUAUAGUUUAAAUGCUUACGGUUUGCAUUA